CACGAACUUUAUUUCUCAGUAUCUCAAAUGCUUCCACCAAGAUGCAGGAUCAUUUCGAUGAUUUGAUCUCACAACGACCGUCAGGGCCUUCAUUGCCUAUGCUGCCAGCAACUUCCCCUCCGGCGUUGUACACCGCUCUCCAAGAGGAAGAUGAGAUCAGGCUCUUGCACCUCAACCCUGGCACCGAGUCCACACCCAUAACCUGCACCCUCCAACAUGCCAGGCUCUCCCAGAUACCUGCGUACGAAGCAUUAUCUUAUCAGGGUCCCGAAUUCCCGCUUCAAACAAUCGAGCUAGAUGGGCAGCCUCGCCAAGUGAGAGCGAAUCUUCAUUCUGCUCUUCAGCACCUAAGGCUAGACUCAGUGAUUAGCGCGCUAUUUCAUCCGAUAUUCCGGUGGGCUUUUCCGGAUUUUAAUGUGAUGCUUGUUAGGUCGAUGCACAAUGUGUAUAAAGAGUUUAAGAGAGGUAGGCCCAACCAGGGGGGGCCGAGAGAAGUUGCAGGGUUUGGAGUCGGAGUAGAUGAAGAUACGCCGUUGACGGGGAGAGGCUUUAGCAGGAUGAAUAGUAGGGCUUAUGUGGAAAUUCCAGGCUAUAGUGGGAAGGGGCUUUAAGGAGUUCCUACCGUUGACUAUUGAAUUGGAUUCGGUUUCCUUAGAAGAUCUUACCUCUUAUAUAAGAGGUUGGUACUACAGCACUAAUUAGGUGA